AUGGAUACAACUAGGGGACUGAGCAUGAGCUCAGCAGAGAAAGCGCACGAAGACAGUGGAUCGAGCGAGAGGCAGACAAGAGAUGACAUCGCUGACGAAGCUGACGAAGAAAAGGCCAUUGGAUUCGAUGGGGCGGAUUAUGUUUCAACCAAAGAGCAGGAAAUUGGCGUGGCUGGCAUGGACCGCAGCCGAAGCAGGCGUUCGCAAGACAACAGGAGCCUAAAGACUGUCAGAUCACACCAUUCAAGAGCUGGGGGAGAUGGCUACACAUGCCUCGACGCUGAGGCGAACAACCAUGGAAGCAGCAGCAGGGCCAAGUCAGGCCCUGUGACUGAGCAGCCAUAUUUAGUCGGCUGGGAUGGUGACGCAGACCCAGAGAAUCCCAGGAGUAUGAGCAAGCUACGUCGAUGGGCUAUCGUGUUGAUAUGCGCGGCUAGUUCGCUUUGUGUUCAGCUGGAGCCAGAGUUUGGGGCUUCCCGUCUAGUCUGCACACUUGGACUGUCCUUGUUUGUUGCAGGACUCGGCACAGGUCCGAUGAUUCUCAGUCCCCUCUCGGAAUUCUACGGGAGGAGGCCUAUUUACAUUUGCUCCUUUACCUUCUUCCUCAUCUGGCUGAUUCCGUGCGCGCUGGCUCGAAAUAUCGAAACAAUGCUGGUGGCGCGCUUCCUCGAUGGUCUGGCUGGCUCAGCCUUCCUCAGUGUAGCCGGAGGAACUGUGGGCGACAUGUUUGGAAAACACGAACUAUCAGCGCCUAUGAUGGUUUACACGGCCAGUCCGUUUGUAGGCCCAGAAGUCGGACCCCUGAUAGCAGGGUUUAUUGUUGAGAAGACUACGUGGAGAUGGUGUUUCUACGUGCUCAUCAUCUGGUCUGGAGUCCAGCUUUGCCUAAUCGUCCUGUUCGUGCCUGAGACGUAUCACCCUGUCCUUCUCCGCCGGAAGGCGAUUCGACUGCGAGGAGAAACCGGCAACUCAGAGUGGAUAGCGCCGAUUGAGAAGAUGGACAGAUCGAUUGCCAAAACAGUCUUGUGGUCAUGCAUCCGCCCGUUUCAACUCUUGAUCUUUGAACCUAUGUGUUUGAACCUCUGCAUCCUGUCUGCCAUUUUGUUGGGUAUCCUUUACCUGUUCUUUGGCGCCUUUGGUCUCGUGUUUAUUAACAACCACGGCUUUAGCAUCUCGCAGCUGGGACUUUCAUUCCUUGGCUUGUUGGUAGGUAUGCUUACGGGGAUUUCUACAGACCCCAUCUGGAGGAAGAUAUAUGGUAGGCUCGUGCGGCAACGCGAAGAGCAAGGAGGCGAGCCCGGUGGGUCGGAACCAGAGUUUCGGCUCCCUUCAACGAUUGUAGGCGCUUGGGUGGUUCCCAUUGCACUCCUUGGCUGCUGGGUACAAGAUUCUGACCUCGCCGAACAGUACCCUGUCUACGCUGCGUCGGCUCUUGCGGCCAACAGCUUUGCGCGGUCGUACUUUGCUGCGGCAUUCCCACUAUUUGGUGUUCAGAUGUACAACAAUCUCGGCUACCAGUGGGCAACGACUGUGCUCGCGUUCCUGGCACUGGCAAUGGCACCGUAA